GCUCCUCUUCCCCGUCACAUUUUCCCGUCGCCCCAGAUCACAGGCCAGCAGAAAAAUGUGAUGGCAAUUAUUAGUCCUGCUAGAUCUCGAGCACCGGCUAGAGCAUGUGAUCGAUGCCGACGGAGAAAAGCAAAAUGCGACUGUUCGGAUUCAUCGUCGAUAUGCACCAGUUGUCGCUUAUCGGGAGGUUCAUGCACGUUUGAUUUGCCGCUUGCUCGACGAGGACCCAAGACGAAGCGGCAAAAAUCCAGAAAUGAAGCUCAUCCGAAUUCUCUGCGCAGCCCUUCCCCGCCUUCAUUGGAUUUAUCGGGGCACAGCCCUAAUACUGGCUUGGGCGUUACACCAACUGCUGCAGUUUCACUCGAUGCAUGGGACUCUAGUCUUACAGUGGUCGAUCCCGUGCUCUCGCCUGAAACAGUCCACACGGUUCGAACUUCUAUCUCGGGUGCCGCAUCGGCAAGGGCCAUAUCAGCCUUACAACGAUGGCAAAACCUAGCACAUGAACUAUGUUCAAGAGAUCUAUCGGCGAAUCUAGAAAGAACAGUAAAUCGCUCUUUUGAGCUGUUCUUUCAGUAUCUCUUCCCCUUGAUUCCACUGGUUCAUGAACCUAGUCUUCGAGAUGGACUCAGCUUCUUUGUCACCCAGAGAAAUAACCCAACGGAAGAUGGUUUGAUAUACGGGCUCAAUAGUCUCAAAUAUCCAGAGUUGUGGCCAGAUGUUACUUUCACAUUAGUCACUGCUGUCUGUGCCGAGGCAGCAUUCCUUCUUCCGAAAAAUAUCUUCCCUGAAGGAGAAAGCAUCGCAGAGAUAUUUCUUGAGGCUUCUCGCAACUGUUUGAUCACAUACCUGGAGGCCGAUCUUGAAUACCCCAAUGCCAAUUCUGUUGCGAUUCGAUACUUCCACUCCAACUGCAUGCAUGCAGCUGGCAAACCACGACUGUCAUGGCAUAUAUUCGGCGAGGCUACCAGAUUGGCGCAGGUGAUGCAGAUGCAUGAAGAGGAAUCCCUUCAAGGUCUCCCGCUUCUCGAGGCAGAGUUCCGACGACGUGCAUUCUGGAUAGUCUACAUCGGUGAUAAAUCAGCCGCUAUCUUGAAUAAUCGGCCAAUCACCAUUCACAAAUUCUCAUUUGAUUCGGGAAUCACCAUCGGGUAUCCCACGGGCAUCGAAGACGAAAGUGUCGUGACACCGAGAAGCGCGGAUUCAGAUGAUACAAAUAGUCGGAAGAGUUUUAUCGCAGGCUUCAACGCCAAUCUCCGGCUCUGGCAAAGUGCAUCAGAUUUGCUUUUGGAGAUGCGACUGAUAGACCAAAGCAGGACAGUAAAUGGGAUUGCUCGUUCACCACCUACAGCCGAGGAGAGGCAUCGAUUGGAUCAUCUCUAUGUGCUUUUUGCUACCUCGCUCGAUGACUUGCCCUCGCUUCUACAACCAGACAAGCUUAUGAUCAACGUAGGCGAAGAAAGCAACCAACUAAACAGCUUGAUGAGACAGUGUGGUAUCCAAGCGGCAAAUCUUCAUGUCUCAUUGCACUGCCUCAAGAUGGUAAUCACGCAGAAGUUGGAAGAGUUCAACUAUUUCCUUCCGACGCGCAAUGACAUGUUGUUACUGAGAAAAACCGACAUCGCACGCGACAUGCUGCGUGUCAUUCGGGACGCUCCUUUCUGGACACUGCAGGUGAAUGGCGAACCAUGUGUGGAAAAGAUCCGGCUUAUCGGAGCUAGUUUGCUAGAGAUUAUUGAUCAGCAUGAGAAUUCUCCACUAUCUGUUCGAGCACGGAAUGAUCUCUCGGUGUUACUGGAUAUUUUGACCGAACUUGACUCGAAAGCAUCGGAUACAUUGCGGCGAUUACUCUGAAAGGUCGAACUGUAGUAUAAUUCUUCAGCAAUCUUGUCAGAUG